AUGCUUUUUUUUGAUGCAUAUGUUAAUUCUAAAAUCUCAUUGCGACAAUUUGUUGAGCAAUAUGACAAUGCACUAAAAAGCAAGAUUGAAAAAGAAAAUAAGGCUGAUUUUGAGUCUCUCAAUUGUUCUUAUAAAUUAGUAACUGGGUUUUAUUUUGAGAGACAGUUUCAGGAAGCAUACACAAAUACAAUAUUUAAGUUGUUUCAAGAUGAGUUAGGAGGUAUGUUAUUUUGCAAUUCUUCAUUGGUCAAAGUGGAUGGUACACGCUAUGUAUUUCAUGUCACGGAUAUUAUGGAAUGGAAACAUGGAGAUUCUAAAAAAAGAGUUGUUCAUACUGUUAGUUGUGAUGAGAUUGAAUGUGAUAUACAAUGUUUUUGUCAUUUGUUUGAGUUUCGAGGAAUUAUUUGUAGGCAUGCGGUGAAAAUAUUGAUUGAGAAGGAUGUUAAAGAAAUCCAUCAACGGUAUAUUUUGUCCCGAUGGAGGAAAGAUGUGAAGCAUGGUCACUACUUAGUGAUAAAUUGUUAUGAAGAUUUAAUGAGUUGUGAAAACGCUAAAUAA